AUGGCCCCGCAAGGCUACGGCCAGCAGUAUCCCCCUCCUCCCCCCGGUCAAUAUCCCCCACCUCAGCAACCGUACGGCGGUGGAUAUCAGCAGCAACAGGGAGGAUAUCCUCAACAGGGUGGUCAUCAGCAACCUCAAGGCCAUUAUCCCCCUCCCCAGCAGCCUCCAUACGGAGGAUAUCAGCAACCGCCUCCUCCUCAGCCCUACGGCGCCCCUCCAGGCCAAUACGGUGCUCCUCCUCCUCAGCACCACCAACAGCCAUAUGGUGGUCAUUCGCCCGCUCCGCCCGCGCCUUAUGGUGCCCCUCCACCUGGUGCACCCUACGGAGCGCCACCUCAGCAGUAUGGCGCGCCGCCAACACAGCCAACCCCGCCAUCGCCAGGCUACGGUCCUCCUCAGAUCAUUCAAUGGGACGCCAAUCCGGAUGCCCAGGCUCUUCGCAAGGCCAUGAAGGGCUUUGGCACGGAUGAGAAGGCAUUGAUCUCCAUCCUCUCUAACAAGGAUCCUCUACAGAUUGACACUCUCCGUGCAGCUUACGAGAGAGCCCAUCGCCGCAACUUGGUUUCUGACAUUCAAAGCGAGACGAGCUCGUGGUUUGAAAAGGCAUUGGUUCAAUUGGCUCGUGGUCCCCUUUUGUCCGAUGUUCACAACCUCCACGAGGCAAUGAGCGGACCUGGCACCAAGGAACUUGUUCUCAACGAUAUCCUGCUUGGACGAUCAAAUGCCGACCUUCAGGCCAUCAAAAGCGCCUAUCACCACACAUUCCAUGAUAAGCUCGAGAAUGUUGUAAAGGGCGAUCUCAGCAUGAAGACUGAGCGGCACUUCUUGCUUGUCUUGGCUGCCAACAGGGCUGAAGAUUCUGCCCCCGUGGACCCUCGCCAGGUUGACGACGAUGUCAUGCAAAUCUACAAGGCCACCGAGGGCAAGUUGGGCACAGACGAGAUUCUGGUCUGCAGCAUCAUGAGCAAGAGGAACGACAACCAGAUCCGCGCUAUUGCGCAUACCUACAAGCAAAAAUUUAACAAGGAUCUCGAAAAGGUUAUCAAGAGUGAAUUCUCUGGCCACAUGGAGGAUGCACUACUCUUCCAGCUGCGUAAUGCCACCGACAAGUACAUGCACGCAGCCAAGCUUCUCGAGGACUCAAUGGCCGGCAUGGGCACAAAGGACCAUCUUCUCAUUGCUCGUGUUAUCCGCUUCCACUGGGACCGCAACACACUCGCCAACGUCAAGGGAGCCUACCAGCAACGAUACGGCAGAAGCCUGGGAAGUCGGGUCAAGGGAGAGACCUCAGGAGACUACAGGAGGACCAUGCUGGCGGCGCUUGGCGAGCCCUGGUAA